AUGUCACAGCCGCCUUCCGGAUCGACGAGCCAGCUAAUGACGCAAAUCCAACAGCUGGAACAGAUGCAGAAAGCAUUGGAAAUGUGUCAGAACACGGGAAAAACUUUGAUGGAUGACGUGCAGAAGCAAAUCUCCAUCACGAAACUUUCGGAUAACGUUGAGAAGCUGAAUGGCGAGAUGUCAACCGUGUCGUCUGAUGUCAAUUCAAUCAAUACCAGGACCGGAUCAAUGGAGUCGAUGUUAGCGCAACUUCUUGAGAAUUCAAACAACAUUUUGAAGAAUCAGUCGAGUUUGGAAGAAACUGUCGCCAACAUGGAAAAUACUCUUAACCAGUCAAUUUCUGAUAUCCAAUUUAUCAAAAAACAGUUGGAAGCAAAGACGAUUUCGGAUGAAGCUAUGCUGAGGAAGCUGAUGGAUACUCAGAAUCAGAAGAUUGAAGAGCAUAUGAACGAAAUCGUCAUUGCAAUCAAGAAGAUCGGUUCGAAUGCGGAGACAUCCGAAGUCACCAAAACUCUCCAGUCUACUUCUCAAGAAUUUCAAGAGAAAUCUGAUGCGCGGCCAACAUCAUCGACACGUGCUCUCAAUAAUUCUGUGGCAACACCAGAAGUAGUUGUACUAUCCUCUCCAGGCACAGAUGUUAAAAUUAUUCCGACCCCGGAAUCAAAUGUGAAUGGAAGUCAACAGAAGGAAUCCAGAGAGCAAGAAGAAGGACAAACCACUUCAUUGGCUAACAUCGCUGAAGCUGUUUUUGAGGAUUUACAACUGGCGCCUCACGUUGAUAAGACACUCGAAGGGAAUACUGAACAAUCCAAAACAGGAGUCAAGCGACAACGUGCUCCGUCAAAUGAAAUGGAGCAGACAUCGUCAAAAUUCCAGAAACGCCAUGAUGCCGACGACCGCGACAGUCGUGUUUCCAUUCCAAGUUAUGAAUUCGACUACCCGAUGGAUACUCAAGCAGAUAGAGCUCAAGCAGAGAAACAAGCUGAGAACCAAAAGUCGAUUGAACGGGAUGACAGGUCUCGAGGAGCUACUUCAAACCAUACCAAAAGCAACUCCGCAAUCCCUGAAGAGGCUAACAAUAUCCUAGUCAAUGAAGAAGUUGCGGAUGAACCAACAGAGGAUUCUUCUGAUCACAGACCCCAUGAACAUCGUCAUGAUCAACAGGCUAUCGAUAGUGAUCAUUUCGAAGAUCAUCAUGAUGAGCUUGAUGCAUUGCCAGAAGAAGACAGUGAUCAACAAGAAGAGGACGUCAGUGAAACAGAGCCCAAUCUAGAUCCCGAGGAAGGUUCUGUUAGUGUCAAGAAAAGAAAGACCCGAAAAAGGAAAUCGAAGUUGACAUUACCGCGCGCAGCGAAAAAGACGGUCAAAGUGUUUGAUAUGGAGAAGCAUGAUUUUGAAUGGGGGCCUGUUGAAAACGACGCAGCAACGGAGUACCAAAAAAAUGAUGGAAAGAACAAAAUUGAUGUCUUUGUGGGAAAAAUUCAAGAAAACCCGGAUGAGGUUAUGAAGAAGCUUGCGGCACAAUCAGCGGCGUACACAGCAAACGGAAUGGUGCGAUUCGCCAGUGGAGAGCUGCAGUGUACUUAUGAUAAUGAGAAACAAAGACGAAACGUGACCACAUUCCUCAAAUCACACACGAGCGCAAUCGAUCCGUGCUAUUUGAGAACAACUGUAGACCUUGACACAUACCGAGCUUUCGAUGUCGAUAACUUUCGACACUGUCAAGAAUAUCUGAUGUGGCACACGAUGCAACAAGUACCCCAAUCACCAUUGCCAAGAAGCGAGAAGGAUAGACAAGCUCCCACGGAAGAACAUUUUCAUCAACUUCCGACUACUGCUAUCAACCAUCAAGCGUACACUCUCACCUCUACCCAAAUCGCUGCAUUAGUUGCUGAGUCCCUGCUCAAUAUUCUCAAAAAGUGCGACCCAAAACAAGCUCCUGCCAUAGCCCAAGAUUUCAUGCAGAACGGAAUCAAGGCACCGUAUCGGUUUGAAGGAGUGGAGAAACAAUAUUCCUGGACACCAUUUGCGACAAACAUUGAUCUUAAUGAGGAAGCAGAGAACUCCCAGAAUCUAGACAAAGACGAGGAUUAUUUCAAAGAGCAAUUAGAUAUUCUGUCCCAACUUCCCUGGUUCAUGCAAGCCAGUGACAAAGGCAACUUGCUGGCUCAUAUCGGCCAAAACGUGUUCGGUGUCAACACGGUGCAGAUGUAUUCCAAGUUUAUCGGCUCGUUUACUGCCGCUCACAUGGAAAAUUCGUUAAUGGCAAGUAUCAACUGGAAUGUUGGACCCGGAACUUCCAUCUGGUAUGCGAUUCCGUACGAAUACUGGACAAAGCUCGAGACAUUAGUUGGGUCGAUGCGGCAGAAGUACCAUGAGCAGAACUAUUGGCCAAGUGAAGAAGACAUCCAUGAAGCGAAUAUCCCGUUGAUUAAGUUUGAGCAAAAGAAGGACGAGCUGGUCUACGUCAAUACUGGCACUUUCCAUUGGGUUAAGUCGGAGGGCUAUUGCACCAACGUCUCUUGGAACGUGGGCCCAGCCAAUUUCAACCAGCUCGCCGCUUCCCUCAUUUCCGCAUCACACAAUACGGACUGCAACCACGAGUGCCAUAUCCCAAUCACCACUGUUAUCUGGAAUGCCGCCAAAGAACAAAUGUUCAAAGACGACAAGUUGAUGUACAAAUGUAUGCGGUGGCACAUGCAAAGGAGCCUUGCGUGGUGCAUUGGUUACGUAAAGUGGAUCAAAGAGAAGGGAUUUGAACUCCUUGAUUGGACUGGUCAUGCGGAGCAGUAUCUUUACCGUUGUCAUACCUGCGAGCAGGAAGUCUUCAACAUCGUUAAGAUGCUUCGAAUCAACAAUAAAAUGAAGGAAGACGAGAUUUUCUGCCUCAAAUGUCCCAUCAAGUAG